AGGUAAAUAUGUAAGAAAAUUGUGGUGUGCAAGAAAAUGGCCAAAAAAAAGUAUUAUAAACUCUUGCUCCUUUUUUCACAGAUUGAUGCUUUCCAGCCUUUAGCCAUCUCUAUCCCCACUCUGACGAAAAAAUCAGCCAUUCUCCGUCAGCGGCAUACGGUCGAACAACUGAUAGGCAAUGGCAGGAAAACUCUUCCUGAGCUGGACCCGCCCCACCCAAGAGCAGCAACAAAAUUGCACGGCGAUUGCCGGAGGAUUUAAUUACAACACAACCCUUCAGGGCACCUCCGCCCUCUCUGCUGAAGACAAAAUCCUUCAGGACAACCUCGCAAAAAAUGGUUUCUUCAUCAACCGAGCUCGUGUACUCCUCGGCACCGGCUCCAUCACCUACGCGCUUGCCAAAUCCGCCGUCCUCACCUGGAGACAAUUUGGGCUGAAAUGGGCAUUCGUGGAUCCACAAACCCCGGUGGAGAAAGGAAGAAGAUUCUGCGUCUGUGUGAACGAGUUUUUUCCGUGGGUAAUGAUGCCGCUUCAAAUCGCUUACGUCGCCGACGCUUCCAUCCAGCCUCCCUCAGCCGCCGGUAUCAAGGAUUCCUUCGGAUUCGGAAGCGGAACACUUCAAGGCCAUCUUCUUGUCGGAGAAGAGAGGUUUUCGGUUCAGUGGGAUGAGGAUGAUCGCGUCUGGUACGAAAUUUUUUCCUUUUCAAAGCCUGCGCACAUUAUCUCCGCCAUUGGUUUGCCCUAUGUUCGAUUCAGACAGAAAUGCUUUGCUCGGCAGUCUGCAGAGGCAAUGGUAAAGCAUGUCUCUGCUCAGAAGCCCAAAAUUGAAGACAUUUAAUCCGACAAGUUUUAACUUUUUCAAUGUUCAUAAGCCUCUGUACUGUGAAAGUUUGAAGGACUCUCUUAGUGAUAUUAAUUUUUUUUAAAGUAGAAUACACAAGUUAUGAUUUAUGACAAUUAACACCGAAAUAUUAAAAUAAGUA